AUGGAGCACCAAAACCACAUUGUUUCCUUGGUGUUCUUGGUUGCCAUGCUCURUGUUUGUKUCAUGGUUGAKUUUGUGCAAGCGUCUAUUUUAGUAACAKCRGAAAAAGGUUUAACUGAGGAAAAGUAUACCAAACUACGCUCUACGAAAACCAUGACGAGUACGGCCAUCAAAGAUGCAUCCAGUCGAAAGAGAAGAUCUAUCCAGGAGCAAGGUGAUACUGGGCAGGUUGAUGUAUGUGCAGACAUCAUAGGGCCAGAAUGGAAGAUUAAGAAGCAAGGAAAAGGUCCAUGCCCAACAUUAGUUGUGUGGGUGCCAAAGAAAACCGGCUUCACCGAGUUUGUUAAAGUCAACRAACAAUUAAAAGUGGAAGGUGGAUUCUCCGUAGCCGUAUUCUGUCAUGCAUUACAAUUAUUACCUUUCAACAUCAAGCCUAUCUUCAAAACUUUCAUCAAUGAUAAAGGGGAAAGUGGCACCUAUGAUCAACUUCUACACCACAUUGAGGGCAAGACUUGUMACGCUGUGGCAGGAGAUGUUACCGUGCGUGGUGCUCGAGCUCAGUACGUUGAUUUUACGAUCCCCUAUCUGAGCUCUGAAGUUUAUAUGCUUGUGCAUGCUACACAUGAAUGGAACCAAACCCUGUGGACUUUUGUAAGACCCUUUACCAAGAGAUUAUGGAUCACACUACUUGGUGCGUGUAUUUUUAUUGGACUUGCARUUGCAAUUCUGGAAUACCGUGUUAGCAACCCAAAAUUCACAUCCCCAUUCUAUCAGAAACUAAUAAUGGUCAUCUGGUUUCCGAUUUCGACAUUCUUUUUCCAUGAAGGAAAGAUACUUAAUAGGUGCUCCAAAAUUGUGCUUGUUAUUUGGCUAAGUAUGAUUUUCAUAGUAGUUCAGAUUUUCACAGCAACUUUAUCUUCAUGGUUGACACUAGAUCAGCUACGUCCCAGAUUGCCCUCGAGUUUCGAAAAUGUUGGAUAUCAAGAUGGUUCCUUUUUAAAAGAUCUUAUAGCGCAAAAAUCCAAUURUUCUGGGAGGAAUAUAGUGCCCCUAARAGUGUAA